AUGGGAGGAAGUCUCCAUCACGCGGCGGCGCCGCCGCCGCCGCCGGCCUUCGCGCACAAAAAGAAGCGGAUCCUCGACCAGCUGGCCAUCCCGGACGCCGAGUACACGGACGCGUCGCCCAAGGGCUCCGUUGACGCCAGCAUCCGCGACCUGAUCGACGAGAUCAACGGCCUGGACGGCUUCAUCACGACUAGCAGCUGCGCUGGGCGCGUCAGCGUGUUUGUGGAGGGCAGGAAGAAGGCUGGCGAUGACGGGGAGGGACGGGAGGGGGAGCGGGAGGAAGAUGCUGGCGAGGCCGGUGAUGCUGGUGCUGAGGGCAGGAGAGCCACGACGACGGCGGGCGUGGGCGGUAAGGGCGGAGGGGGCACCUGGCUGUUUGUUUCUCAUGACCCGGUGCCCGUGCCCGUCGAUGAGGGCGCGCGGGAGGCCGACUGGGGUGCCCUUCUCGGGCUGGACGGUCCUGAGAUUGCUGAGGAGGAGCAGGCCAAGGGGGAUCAUCCACGCCGGGCGUCUGCGAGGCUCAUACACUUCAAGUUCGAACCCAUGAUCCUCCACGUCCUCACAGCAUCACCAGAACACGCGCAGCCGCUCCUCCGCUGCGGUCUGCAAGCCGGAUUCCGCGAGAGCGGCGCCCUCAACCUAACCGGCACGGCGACCGAGCCCGUGACCCCCAUCGUCGCCAUCCGAUCCAUGGGGCUGGCCUUCGAGUCCCUCGUCGGCGUGCAGGUUGACGGUAUCUCCCAGUGCACCGUCUCGCCGGAGUACCUGCAGACCCUCGUGCAGAUCGCCAACGAGAGGUUCGCCGAGAAUAGCAAGAGGAUCGCGAGGUUCCGUACUGCGGUCCUGGAGACUACCGAGCCGCCGAAGAAGAAGGACGGUAGUGAGUGGGAGGAUUCGCAGGCUCGUCGCGAGAGGAAGAAGGCCGAGGGCUUGAGGAGGAAGGCCGAGGGCUUGAGGAGGAAGGCGGAGCUUCAGGGUCAAGGACAGCGGGAAGAAGCGAGUGAGGGAUAUGAAGUCGUGGAUGAGAGGGGCGUAGAUGAUUUGAUGCUUAAUACAGUCCUCACUUGA